AUGAAACACAAACAAAAAAGAUCAAAAGCGGUUCGAGUUCUUCAGAUUCUUGAUAAUGACGAAUAUUAUGAUAGUUCAACAACAACAACACAUUCAACUAGUACCUUUUCAUCAUCAAAUUCCAAUAACAAUAAUCCAAAGCAAUUAACACAUAAUAAUAACAGUUUAACAUCAUUAACAGAUACCAUCAAUUCAGCAUCAUCAUUCAACAACAACACGACAUCGUCAUCAUCAUCAUCCAACAACAACACAACAUCAUCAUCAUUCAACAACAACACAACAUCAUCAUCUAACAAUAGCAACAAAAUAACUUCAUCAUCCAACAACAGCAAUACUACAACUUCGUCAUCUAGUAAUACUGGUUCAACAUCAACUUUAUUAUUGCCUACUAAUAUUAGUGGUCGCAAAUCAACAUCGAAAGUUUGGCUAUAUGCUAUAAAAAGUGAUGAUGGUAAAAUGGCUUCAUGCUUACUAUGUGAUUAUACUUGUACUAUCGUCGACCAUUCGACAUCGACCAUUCGUUACCAUCUGAUUCAUGAACACGAUAAAUAUGAUUUGAUUAUUAAACGGCCAUCGACAUCUUCUUCUGAACCACAUAUUUCUGAACGUUUUAGACGAGAUCUUCAUGCUUUAUGUUAUCGUUCUAUUAUCAUUGAUCAACGACCAUUUAAUGACUUUCAGAAAGAUGGAAUAAUGGCUAUUUUCAACAAAUUAUGCCCAGGAUAUGUUCCACCACAUCGCAAUCAAGUGUCGAGUAAAUUGAAAGAUUUAUAUAAAUAUUAUGCCGAUCAGCUUAAAGAUGAAUUAAAAGAAGUUGAUUAUAUUGGUUUAACAUUAGAUUUUUGGACUAAUCGUCGUUCUAUAUCUUUCUUAUGCAUUACAGGACAUUGGUUUAAAGACUCACCAUUUGAAUUUGUUUCAAAGAUAAUUCAUUUUUCUUCUUUCGAUGAACGUCACACUGCAACUAAUAUAGCACGAUCAUUAAAAGAAAAACUGAUAAAUCUGGAAAUAUAUCACAAAGUUAUUGCGAUAACAUGUGAUGGUGCACAAAACUUAGUAGCAGCCUUAAACCAAUUGGAUGAUUCGAUAAAAAGAAUUUGGUGUUGUGCACAUAGAUUACAUUUAGUUGUGAUUAAUGGAUUAGGUUUUUGGAAGAAAACUGAUGAUCAUGAUGACACCACAUCUUCAUCAACAAAUCUUCCUACGACAAUUAUUACGUCUCCAGAUGUUAUUUCAAAGAACCAAGAAAAUGCCAUGGAUAUAAGCUGGUGCGAUGAAGAUGAACCUGACGAUUUAUCAAAUCAUGAACAUGGUGGUGAUGUAAAUAAUGGCAAUAUUGUUACAAUGGAUAGUGUUGAACUAAAUAAUAAAUCUAAAGAUGAAUCCAUUACCUUAAAUAAUCAUCAGGAAGAUAUAGAUGAUUUAGAAAAAAUUGAUUUAAUUGACGAUAAUUGGUCAACAACAAUUGAUACAAAUAUUGAUUUAACAGAAGAAAUCCAAUUGAUUGUAAAUUUGUUAAAGAAAUGUCGAAGCAUUGCAAAUGUAUUGAAAAAAUCAACUGUUUUAUCAGCAUUUAUUCGGGCAUAUACUUUAUUAAUUCAAGUGAAUAAAGCCAUAAACAUUGAUUGUAAAUCUCGUUGGAACUCAACUUAUCUUUUACUCGAAUCAUUAAUUGAUAGUAAAGAAAUUAUUAUUAAAUUAUUUAAUGAAAAACGAACAUUAAAUUUACGAAAAGACCAACUUGAUAAAUUGUGUAUGAUUGAAUUAAAAAGCCAUGAUUGGGAGUUUUUGACAUCAUUGAAGUAUGUUUUAAAACCUUUCUUUGAAGCAACUAAAAUGAUGUCAGGAAAAAACUAUCCUUCUAUUGGACUUGCAUAUCAUGGAAUUCAAAAGAUUUAUAACUUCUGCUUGAAUAAUAAAAAUAAUAAUGAUCAAAUAAAACUAUUGAAAAAACUCUUAUUAUUCAAAUUAAAUCAAUAUUUUUACGAUGAUCCAGAACAGUAUGAAUACUUUCAGCAACAUGCUUUUUUUGAUCCAGCUUCACAUUUAAGCUUAACUGACAUGGAAAAACAACAAUGUGAACGAUAUGUUCAAAAUUUAAUAGUCAACGACAUUUAUCCCCAAAAAGAAAUUUCAACUGAUGUUCCAAGAUCUUCAUCUACAGCUGUUGCAAGUUCAACAUCAGCAGCCGUUAUUCAAUCAUUUUCAUCAUCUAAUAUAUCGAAAAACGUAUCCGCUUAUGAUGCCUUUAUUGAAGCUUGCGAAGAUCCAGAAGUUCAAUUUAAAACAAGUAAAGCGAAAAGCAAACGAAUAAUGAUAAACGAUGGAUUCAAAUUAUAUAAAAUUGCUAUUCAAGAAUUUAAUUCAAACAAUCAACCAUCAACUACAUCUGUAUUGAAUUUUUGGAAAAAAUAUCAUAUGCAACUUCCUCUUUUAUUCAAGUUAGCGAAAAUACAUCUAGUGGUAUGUAGUACAAGCGUGUCAAGUGAAUCCACCUUUUCAUCAUCAGCUUAUACAGCACGAAAAGAGCGUGCACGACUCUCACCCGAAAAUUUAUGCUAUACAGUUUUUUUGAAAGAUAAAUUAGAUAAAUCCUGA